AUGGCGCCCCCUAGCGAAAUGCUUGGGCCAAAUCAGACACGACGCGUCCUUAAAGAAGUGCACGAAGGCCACUGUGAAUCUCACUCCGACAAUCGAGCUUUGGUCAGGUGCCUCAUACGAGCAGGAUACUACUGGCCCACCAUGAAGAAGGAGGCUACAGAUUUCGUGAAAACAUCAGGAGCAUUCGCCCAAAUACGAGAACAAGAAGUAAUAGCCUUCAUAUGGAAAAACAUCAUAUGCCGUUUCGGUCUCCCCAAAGAAAUUAGCUGCGACAUCGGACCUCAAUUUGCAGGAAAGAAAGUCGCCGACUCUUUUGAAAAAUGGCACAUUAAAAGAAUACUGUCAACGCCUUACCACCCCGUGGGUAACGGGCAAGCGGAGUCCUCCAACAAGUCAAUACUGAACAUCAUGAAGAAGAAGCUCGAAGAUGCCAAGGGAAUGUGGUCUAAGAUAUUACCAGAAGUACUCUAG